UUCCCUCAUUUUUCCUAUAAUUUAAGCUUGAAGUCAAUAUAAAGGACGGGGCAUUGCUUGUUCUCCUUCAUGCAAACCCUUUUGAGACGGGGAGGAAGAGCUCUGCUGUCGACUUCCUGGAUCCCUUCAAUUGAUCGGCAUAUCAUCUCUGCCCAUCCAAGAGGAGGUGAAAGAAGGGGGCGAUGGCAGCACAUGUUGGCAUGAGUCAUGGCUUGGUAGUACUAUUGCUAGUGAUUAUCUAUUUAUCAUGCACGAAGGCUCGGGUGCGGCCCAUAAGGGAGCAGUUAGAGGUACAGCAAUACCUUAAGAAAUUGAAUAAGCCCGCCAUCAAGAGCAUCAAGAGCCCAGAUGGAGAUAUCAUAGACUGUGUCCAUAUCUCCCAUCAACCAGCCUUUGAUCACCAUUUACUGAAAAAUCACACCAUCCAGAUGAGGCCAACUUUCCACCCAUUAGGUUUCCAUGAUGAGAACAAGGUGGAAUCAAAGAAGAAAACUAGCUCUAUAGCUCAACUUUGGCAUCAAAAUGGGAGGUGCCCCGAGCACACUAUCCCCAUCAGGAGGACCAAAAAAGAUGAUGUGCUGAGGGCCAGCUCUGUCGAAACAUAUGGGAAGAAAAGACACAAUAGAACCCCUAAUGGCGCCUCUCCAUUGAUUAAUGGCAAUCUACACGAGCAUUCAUAUGCCUCUGUAACCGGAGAUAAGUACUAUGGAACAAAGGUCGACAUAAAUGUGUGGAACCCGUAUGUCGAAGAGCCCUCUGAGUUCAGCCUGUCUCAGCUCUGGAUCCUUGGGGGUGCUAACGAAAAUCGCAAUAGCGUCGAAGCUGGUUGGCAGGUAUGUCCGCAGAUAUAUGGAGAUAAAAGAACAAGAUUAUUUGUUUACUGGACUAGAGAUAAUUAUGGUAAAACCGGCUGCUACAACCUAAAUUGCGCUGGGUUUGUUCAAGUCAGCAAUGAGAUAGCAGUGGGUAGCUCCCUCAGCUCCAUUUCUAGCUAUGGUGGUCCCCAAUAUGAUAUCACUCUACUUGUCUGGAAGGACCCGCAAACGGGGAAUUGGUGGUUGCAAUUUGGGGAUCAAAGUCCAUUAGGCUACUGGCCUUCUUCCCUAUUCGAUUAUUUGUCAGAUAGUGCCAACUUAGUAGAAUGGGGAGGGGAGGUUUAUAACCCCAGGCCAAAUGGUAAGCACACCGCCACAGUGAUGGGUAGUGGCCAUUUCGCAGAAGAAGGUUAUGGUAAGGCGAGCUGCAUCAAAAACAUUCAAAUAGUUGAUCAGUCCAACAAUCUUCAAACUCCUCAAGGGAUCAUGACUGCUGCUGAACAUCCCAACUGCUAUGAUGUCAGUCAACCUAGUAAUGGUGAUUUGGGGACUCACUUCUUCUAUGGGGGUCCUGGUCAAAAUCCCAAGUGUCCGUAGAAGGCCUAAUCCUUUUUGUAUCUGGUUCUUGUUGGGAAACAAUAAUUGUAAAAGAAUAAUUGGGAACAAACAAUUGUGACCAAUCAAUGAACAAAUGAAGAUAAAUAUUUUUCCUUUUUGAUA